AUUCAAGCGCCCGCGACCAAACAAAAACGUGGCGUCAUCACGUCGCGACAGCCAUUCUCUCCAGUCGGCGGAGAGUCAGGAGACGAACAAACCUGGCGGUUGUCGAAGAGCCCGUGAGCGGCUAAAUCACUCGCAACCGACACGCUGUUAGGUCUCGGUGGACGCGCGCCCCCUCCUCUUGCAAUGGUCGGACGCCUUCCAGCGUCGCCCAGUGAAACAACGGAGCCAGUGGGUCGAGCAACAGUCAGUUUUGACACGGCGGCUAACGUCAGCGGUGUUUCACCAGCCAGCUAACGUUACACGAACUUGGGGUCUGUGGAGGCUAGUUAGCUCCUCCAGCUAGCGUGCUAGCUCCUGUUCGUCGGGUAACACUUUGACGUGCUGCUGCUGCUGGAAAACCGAGACGCGAAAGAACGAGCGUCGCCACCUCACCGGAGCCCCGUCGCGUUAGCGUCACCGAGCUCCAACGGGGAUAUAUAUUUCUGUUUUGGAUACACAGCCAAAAGGAGUAUCACCGGAGAGGCCUGCUUGCUGUCUUUUGUUCGCCUCCACACUUCUGAGCUUCCCACCUUCCACCUUCACUGCCCCUGGCUCAGUCGGUGUUCAGCAUCACUUCAAAGUGGAAGGUCUGCGGUGCUGCAGAUAACACGCUGUACCCCAAAGCACCGGCGAGCUUUUCCAGAGCCCCUACGCAGUCCCUCGGCUGACAGAAAGAAUCAACUCUCGGAGUCAGACCUGUAGUGGAGAAGACCAAUUGUGUCCUGAACAAAGACUGACGGAGAGAACUGACAAGUAAUACAGCGAUACUCAUUCCAUGUGAGGUGCCAGUCAAGCUGGCCCGCUGGGAUUCGAUUCUCCCCAUUUGUGCUGCAUAUGGAUACUAGACGGAGCUCGUUGACGGAGUACCUGUGGAUCAGCACCAUGUGGAAUAAUUACAGAAAAGGCACCAGCUGUGAGCACAACUGAGUGGUUUCGGCAAGGAACAGGAAGUGACUGUGGCUUGCAGCUCGUCUCUCUUCCACGCGUCUUCUUACCCCAGAGCAGCCGGGCAACUAAUGAGCAAGUCGAUGUGUGGUUGUGGCUGCAGCUUCAUCUCCUCUUUGAUGAAGAGAUUGGGCCGCACGGCGUGCUGCUCGGAUCUCUUCUUCAGCCAUACUUCAGAACAGCUGCAGAGACUGGCCACCGGCUGCCCACCUCAACCAAAGAAUGCCAAGCCCUUCUCCUCCUCAGACAGCCUAGGGAAGGUCCAGGAGGUAGCAAGCUGGCUUUUGGAAAUGAACCAGGAUCUGCUGUCGGGGGGCAGCAGCAGCAGGCGGAGUCGGGGGUCGGGGGGUCCGGCAGUGCGAGGUAACGCUUCCUCCACGGCCCGGGCACCCCAGCAGGCAGCAGAGGAGGGUGAUGAAGAUGAGCACAUGAACCGGGUAGUCGAGGAGGAAGAGCAGCUGCAGCAAAGGCCUGAGGCGUCGCAGGUCGAUGGCGAGAGAGAACAACCAUGGGCGCCAAGUGAGUCGGGAGCCAGCAACGGCCCUCGGGGAGAGGAGGAAGACGAGGAGGGUCCGCCAAACGAAGUGAACGGAGGAGAGAAAGGAGCCCGAUGGAUGUGGGGGGCAGAGCAGAGGCGACUGCGUGGCCAGCCGCUGGGCGAAGAGGACGAGGAGGAGGAAGAGGAAGAGAACAACAACAGCAGCAGUCACCAAGAGGAGGAGGAGGCGGAGGAGAGGACAGAGGGAGGGCAGGGAAGGGAGGAAGACGAGAGGGAAGAGGGCGAGGAGGAAGAAGAGGAGGAUGAGGACGAGGAAGAGAUGGACCAAGACAGUGAUGAAUUUGAACAUUCUGCGGAGAGUGGGAGGGAGGAGGAAGAGGAGGAGGAAGGAGACAGGGAGGAAGGGCUGCGGUCUCCCUCUCUCAGGAACAAUGUGUCUGCCCCCAAUAACAACCGGGACUCGGGUUGUACUCACCAAAGCUCUUCCAACAAGAAGAUGAAGAGAAAGUUGGACCAUGGCCCCGAGGUCCGAUCUUUCCCUUCAGGAAAAAAGCCCUGCAAAGGCCCAGAGUAUCCGAGCCCGACAGGAAUCGUCCCAUGUCCAUCCACACCCACCACAUUUGGCCACAUUAGAACAGCCAAUUGUCAAGGGCAGCAGAGACGGCGCAUCACCUCAAUCCAGCCACCCACGGGUCUCCAAGAAUGGCUCCGAACAUUUCAGAGCUGGACUGGCCCAGAGAAGCUGCUGGCGCUGGAUGAGUUGAUUGACAGCUGUGAGCCCACACAAGUCAAGCAUAUGAUGCAGGUGAUCGAGCCGCAGUUUCAGCGAGACUUCAUCUCCCUGCUGCCCAAAGAGCUGGCUUUGUACGUGCUGUCAUUCCUGGAACCGAAGGACCUCCUUCAAGCAGCCCAGACGUGUCGCUACUGGCGCAUCCUGGCAGAAGACAACCUGCUGUGGAGGGAGAAAUGCAGGGAAGAAGGCAUCGAUGAGCCUCUGCCCCUCAAGAAGAGGAAAAUCGUCAAGCCUGGCUUCACCCACAGCCCCUGGAAGAGUGCCUACAUCAGGCAGCACAGAAUAGACACCAACUGGAGGAGAGGGGACCUCAAAUCACCCAAGGUGCUGAAAGGUCAUGACGACCACGUGAUCACCUGCCUCCAGUUCUGUGGCAACCGCAUCGUCAGCGGCUCCGACGACAACACGCUCAAAGUCUGGUCGGCCAUCACAGGAAAGUGUCUGCGCACGUUGGUGGGCCACACGGGGGGCGUGUGGUCAUCCCAGAUGCGAGACAACAUUAUUAUCAGCGGCUCCACUGAUCGCACACUCAAGGUCUGGAACGCAGAGACAGGCGAAUGUAUCCACACCCUCUAUGGGCAUACCUCAACAGUGCGCUGCAUGCACCUCCAUGAGAAAAGGGUGGUCAGUGGCUCCCGUGACGCCACGCUGCGUGUCUGGGACAUUGAGACGGGUCAGUGUUUACACGUGCUCAUGGGCCACGUGGCGGCCGUGCGAUGCGUCCAGUAUGACGGCCGGCGGGUGGUCAGCGGUGCCUACGACUUCAUGGUGAAGGUCUGGGACCCUGAGACGGAGACCUGCCUCCACACGCUGCAGGGCCACACCAACAGAGUGUACUCGCUACAGUUUGAUGGGAUCCACGUGGUGAGUGGGUCUUUGGACACGUCCAUAAGGGUCUGGGACGUGGAGACGGGCAACUGCAUCCACACGCUGACGGGGCAUCAGUCCCUCACCAGCGGCAUGGAGCUCAAAGACAACAUCCUGGUCUCAGGCAACGCAGACUCCACUGUCAAGAUCUGGGACAUCAAGACGGGCCAGUGCCUGCAAACACUGCAAGGUCCCCACAAGCACCAGAGCGCCGUGACGUGCCUCCAGUUCAACAAGAACUUUGUCAUCACCAGCUCGGACGACGGCACGGUCAAACUGUGGGACCUGAAGACGGGCGAGUUCAUCCGGAACCUCGUGACCCUGGAGAGCGGCGGCAGCGGCGGCGUGGUGUGGCGCAUCCGAGCCUCCAACACCAAGCUGGUGUGCGCGGUGGGCAGCCGCAACGGCACGGAGGAGACCAAGCUGCUGGUGCUGGACUUUGACGUGGACAUGAAGUGAGAGGGCAACGUGGUGGGGAAGGACGAAGAGAGCGAACCGCGGAGAGGAAGGAAUGGAGAGGGAAGGCCCCAGAACUCUGCAACCAAACUCGCAUAAUCUACCACCCCCAACCCCCCCCCUCUACCAUCAACCUCCCCGUCCCCCUUUGGGCAAAUGUUACUGACGGAGCCACAGACCCUCACGUGUUCAGCCCCCGCUUUUCAACCCCCUACCACCUGUAGUCGGAGGGGAUCGGGUUGGAAAUGAGGAGGCGGGGCACCACCGGUCUGCCCCUCGAUUGGCUGGGAGAAAGAAGAGAGGAAGAAAGGAACGACUGAUGACGACUGAACUCUUUUGAAGUGACUCUCAACCCUUUCGGUUCGGAGGUCCGCUUUGCACAGAGACUUGGUUUCGCUCAAGCCUGACAGAUUUUGAGAUGUACAGAGAUAUAUUAUUUUUUAAAGACCCCCCACCCACCCUUUCUCACACACACACACACACACACACACACACCCUCCCCCUCCCAUAAGCUCGCACGCCCCCUCUCACACACACAUGCACUCAAACGGCCAACCGGAAAGUUGGAAACAUUCGCUGUAGGAACAUUUUGAGGAAGGUGGGAGACAUUUAAAGGUAACUUUCCACACACAGCUGCUCGUUGCAGAGGAGACACGCGACCGGAGGCUUCGGCCUGUAAUCAGGCUCGUUUCUUGUCACUCCAUUUCCGUUCUUUGUUCUCCACUCGGUUUCUGUAGUUUUCUUUACAAUAUCGCACGUAAACACAACUGUGAAUUUCAAUACGUUCUUGAUUUAUCACAUGAAAGGGGUUUCACUCGCUUUUGUGUUUUUCUUUUGCUUUCUUUGCGGUUGCCAACAGCAACACAUCCCAGUAUUAAUAACCUGCUCUGUUUAGGUUUGCUGUUAUUAUUUCACAAGGUUUUUUUUUCUUUCUCCUUUUUCUUUGAGUUGUUUGUUCUUCCUAUCUUUUUUUCUGUAUACCUGAGUCUGGAGCUCCGUCUCCACAUAAACAUCAGUGCUGUCCAGAGUUUUUCAGUCUAGCUGGGGAGGUUUUCUCAGUGCUGUGACGAGAAGAAGUAACGGUUCUUUGCUCCAAGCGCUGUGGACUAAUGCCCCUGAACACCCCCUCCCCCCGAUACCCUCCAGCCCUUCCCCUCUACUGUUUCCUCCCAGUGGCCAAACUGUAUUUAUGCUGCUACAUGAACGGAAAAAAGAGAGAGAUGGAACUUUUACUUGCUGUGACGUUUUAGUCCCAGGCAAAAUUCCAAAUUGAACUCUAUAUGUUUGGACUUUAAGGAACAAAAGAUCACAAAAGAUAACAUCCAACUUUUUUGUUUUAUUUUGUUUGUUUUUGCCACUGAAACUUGAGCCAAACGUGCCUCUACGAGGCUGAGAGGAGGGAGCGCGUCCGACAGAUACUGACGGGAGCGCCUGCAGAGAGGAAACCAGGGGAUGUACACUGUUGGCGUGUGUGUGUGUGUGUGUGUGUGUGUGUGUGUGUGUGUGUGCGUGCAUGAGUGCGUGUGCUAGCGUGUUAAUGGGCAACUUGUAAACACAUUCCUUGGGACAACGCUCUUUCAGCCUGUUCUUUGGGGAAAUGUACAAAUGCUGUGUGGACUGGCAAAGAAGAAGAAAAAAACUAGCAGAUGUAUCGAUUUUAACACGUGAAUGAAAGAACUGUCCGUAUCCGUGUGUGAUUGUUGUUCAACUCAAAGAUGUCUGAAGCAACAGAGGAGACCAUCACAAGCAUCCGCUGACAGGUCGAGCUGCCGGGAGUCUUAGUGUUACAUGUGUUGCAGUUAAAAUCUCCGUGGCGGCGGUCGCAGCCUCGAGGAUCGUCAGUGGGGGAAAAUAAAAACACAAAAAGGCAACAAAACGUGAACAGAAACAUUGUAGCCAAACGAAAAAUCGUCUCAAUCUCCAAGAGUCACAACUCAAGCUGAACUGUGAAAGUGGUAUAACACUGUAUAUUAAAAAAGAAAAAAAAAGAAAACAAUCUUGCUCUAUCUCCUCUCGUUGUUUUCUCCCUCUGUUUUAAUUUAUGAUCUGGUUUGAGAAAUCAGAUUUGUUGCAGGUGUUUUAUAAUUUUUUUUCAGUUGAUGUAAACCGCCUGGCAAAAAAGAAAACGGACAGAAAAAACCUUAAAGGGAUUGUGUAUUUGUUUGAUUCACUUAGAAUUUUAUUUUCUUAUAACUUAAGUGCAAUAAAAUGUGGGUUUUUCUUUUUUCAUUUCAAGCAUAUCGGUUGUCUGUUUUUGUUACCUGUGUGAAGGCAUCUUAUAUGUUCAAUAAAGCAAAUUAUUUGGUUAA